AUGGCGGGCAGGGGGCUGGGUGGCGCGGGAGAGGGCCGCAGGAGGGAGUUCCAAGAGACUUGCCGCCAGAGAGAGCAGCAAGUGCCCGCGGUCUCCUUGGAGACGUGCUGGCCAAUGGCAGCAGCGGAAGCUGUUUACAGGGGCGGGGCGUCGCCAUGGCAGCAGGAGAAGCCUUUGGAGCGGCUACUUAAUGCCGGUCCCGGGGCCGCCGGCGCUCAGAGAAGCGCCGUUGGGCUGGGGGCGACAAAAGGCGCUCGCGGGGCCCUCGAGCUGGGGGCAGAGAGCGGCGGGGGGGCGGGAGGAACCUCUUCCAGAACCUUCCUCUGGCCCGGGCUGCGCUCUGAGCCAGAAAACCUCCGAGAGAAAAGGAUAAGAGGCGGAUUCGGUGGGGGUCGGACCCCGGGGCACUGCUCCUGUGUCCCCGACCUGGGCACUGAAAGAUCCUCCCCAGCCAUGGGGACUUCAGAGGAGGUUCCCGCCUCUCACGCACCCUGUCCCCCGCGGGUGCGAGCGCGGCGGGCCGGCCCCGGGCCGCACACGCCGGGCAAGCCCACCUCGUCGUGCACGUCGCGGAGCGCGCCCCCGGCGCUGCAGGCCCCGCCCCCCGACGACGUGGACUACGCCACCAACCCGCACGUGAAGCCGCCCUACUCGUACGCCACGCUCAUCUGCAUGGCCAUGCAGGCCAGCAAGGCCACCAAGAUCACCCUGUCGGCCAUCUACAAGUGGAUCACAGACAACUUCUGCUACUUCCGCCACGCGGAUCCCACCUGGCAGAAUUCCAUCCGCCACAACCUGUCCCUGAACAAGUGCUUCAUCAAAGUGCCUCGGGAGAAGGACGAGCCGGGCAAGGGGGGCUUCUGGCGCAUUGACCCCCAGUACGCCGAACGGCUGCUGAGCGGGGCCUUCAAGAAGCGGCGGCUGCCCCCGGUCCACAUCCACCCGGCCUUUGCCCGCCAGGCCCCGCAGGAGCCCAGCGCCGCCCCCUGGGCCGGGCCGCUGACAGUGAACUCCGAGGCCCAGCAGCUGCUGCGGGAGUUCGAGGAGGCCACGGGGGAUGCGGGCUGGGGUGCUGGUGAGGGCAGGCUCGGGCACAAGCGCAAACAGCCGCUGCCCAAGCGGGUGGCCAAGGCCCCGCGGCCCCCCAGCACCCUGCUGCUGACCCAGGAGGAGCAGAGUGAGCUGGAACCCCUCAAAGGCAACUUUGACUGGGAGGCCAUCUUCGACACCGGCACUCUGGGUGGGGAGCUGGGCACGCUGGAGGCCCUGGAGCUGAGCCCGCCACUGAGCCCCGCCUCGCACGGGGACGUGGACCUCACCGUCCACGGCCGCCACAUCGACUGCCCCGCUACCUGGGGGCCUCCAGUGGAGCAGGCUGCCGACAGCCUGGACUUCGAUGAGACCUUCCUGGCCACAUCCUUCCUGCAGCACCCCUGGGACGAAAAUGGCAGUGGCUGCCUGCCCCCGGAGCCCCUCUUUGAGGCUGGGGAUGCCACCUUGGCCGCCGAUCUGCAGGACUGGGCCAGCGUGGGUGCCUUCUUGUAAGAGGCCAGGACCCACCCUGCCUCCGGACAGUGCCCAAGUCAGGGCCCAGAACUGCCCCCCAACACAGGCCUACGGACACCCCACAACCCAGGCAGGGGCUGGGCCAGGUCUCCCGGGGCUGGCCCCACAAGGCCACACCGCCGCCAGCCCAGGCUGCCCUCAGAUUCAAGCCCGGGAGGCUGAUACCUGGGGGUCCAGGACCAGAAUUGCUGCCUCCCGUCCCCAGCCCCCCAUACACACAGUGUUUCAUUGAUCCAAGUCUCCCCUGCCCCCGGAACCCGCUAAGGGCCCUGCACAGUGAGAGCUGAGACCUGCAGGGGCCCUGUCCAGGCUGGGGAGGGACAGAUAGGGCCCCCCCACAGAGCACCUCCGCUUGGACAGCUCCCCCUCUUCCUCCUGCUUCCCCAGGUCUCUAUCCAGAGAAAGUUCCCAGGUACAACAAAUGCUAAUUAGGUGACAGCAAAUUAACCCCCUGGAGGCCUCUCCCGGCAGAGCCUCCCUGGGGCCAGGGCAGGCAGUGGCUGGGGCAGAGCUGGGCAGAGGACUGACUGGGGGAGGGGCAGCAAGGAGACGGAAAUGAAGUGGGGUGCAGGAGACUUGCUGUAAGGCCUCUGGGGUCUUCUCCUAGCCCCAUCCCUAGGGGUACAGUGGAGGAUGUAAAUCUUUGAGCUUAAAGCUGAGAGCAGCAGGAAGUUGGGGUUCUGGGGGGAUUAGGGGCAGAGGCAGCCAAGCUGCAGGGGUUUGGGGGCAGACAGACUAAUGUAGUGACGUAGCUAUAGCUAAGGCUUAACUGGGAGGGAUGCUGGGCUUGCUGGAACCACUGGGACCAGGAAGGGGGGUAGCCCCGCGCCCCUGCCUGCAUUUGUGGUGGAGUGAGGGUCUUGCUCCACCCUGACCCUCUGGGCUGCAUCCCACAUCCACCCUCCUGCCCCAUGGGGCAAUUUAACCUUUUUCAUGGAAAGUUAUUUACAAUAAAAAAUUUUUAAAAAUAAAAUUUUUAAAAAUCUGAAAA